UGUCUGACUUCGACUACUUGAGUCUGUCGCUGCCUACUACGUCACUACCAGCUGCUUCACGUGCCUGGGAUGGAUCUGCUCUCUCCACUGACAGAUGCACAAAGUCACGUAAACAACGUUAAAAACCGGAAACAACAGGUGGAAACUCAGUGACCGCUCGUUGCGUGGGUCCUAUUUGCCAUCGUGAAUCCCACAUGGGCGAUAGUCGGCCACUCAACCCCCACGUAAACAAACGAGCCACCCUCUGGUUUAGCUAGCUGGGCUAACUGCUAGCCGGGUGAUGGCAGCCGUCUCGUCUCUGCUCGGCUCCUCGGCUCGUGUCGCUGCUCGGAUUCGACCUGUUUGUAAACAGAUGGCUCGUGUGUCCUCGCAGCGACGCUACACUCGGGAAAAUUCCACCUCACCUGCUGAUCGCCUCAGUUCUGGACUUGAGACGUACAAGGACCUGCAGAAAUAUUUCAACAAGAGACUGAGGGCGAUGUACCGGAGGAUCUCCAGCACAACUGAUCACUCAGUGGUCUCUGGCCACCAUCAUGUGUAUUUCAUUGAAGGCGAUGGCAUCUACAGGAUGAACAACAGGCACAGAGACCUGGAGCCGGAGCAGGUGCUAAAUGUAGGACAAGUCUCUGGAGGAGAGGAGGAGACGGGAUCUAAGAAUGGAGAGAGGAAGCAGACGUUUCAGUGGAUCGUCCAGAGAGUACGUUUAUCCCCACAGGAGAAGCAUCUCGCUGCCACGUUAAGAGCUGCUCAUAGAGAGGAGCUGAGGUGUGUGAUUGUGAAGCUAAAGAGGGAAACGUCCACUUCUUUGGAUCCUUCACACAUCUUAAUAACCCUGGACAAAGUCUUCAGCUGUGAAUGGGCCACAGAUGAGAUCCUGUUCUUCACGACUCUCGAGGGCCUGCGUUGCAGCAGAGUGUCUCGUCUGGACCUGACCUCCGGUGGAAGCAGGAUAACGUCUGUGUAUGAGGAAACACGACCUGAUGUGUUUGUGGAGGUCACCCUUUCCAGAGACCGACAGUUACUGAGCAUCAACUGCAACAGCAGGACCAGUUCAGAGGUGCUGCUGGUCGAUACCACAACAACCAGCGUAGGGCCGCUCCUGGUUCAGCCUCGACAGCCGGACCUCUUGUACCACGUGGAGCACUGGAGAAGGACGCUGAUCAUACUGGCCAAUACAGGACCAGGACAGGAAUAUCAGGUGGUACAAGCUCCACUCUCCAACCCCUCCAUGCUGUCCUGGGUCCCACUCUUUGCCCCGUCUUCUGGCUCUGCAGUCAAAGACAUGGACGUGGUUGGAGACCACUGUGUGUUGACUGUAGAUUCCGACAAUGAGCUCGUCCUGAUUGUGAUCCCGCUGACUCAACCUGAGAAAGCCUACACUGUGCCGCUCCCUACCUGGGCUUGCGCCAUUCAAAAGAGACCAGGCUUGGCAGACCAAUGCAAAGUGUUGGAACUCCUCAUCUCAUCUCCAGUCCACCCACCGGUGCCCUACUGUCUGUACAGAGGACGGUUCCUUCUAUCAGUCACUGAGGAUGGAUCCGUCCGAGAGAACAGGGAUGAUUAUACCACCGCACGUUUAGAGGCCUGCAGCAAUUUGCACACUGUCUCCUGCCCUUUCUCUGCAGGACGGUACCCUGUGCCAGUCACACUCUUCCAUGCAGUACCUGUGGAAAGUCUGAGACAGGCGCCACUGCUGGCUCAUGUCUAUGGAGCUUAUGGCAGAGAUCUGCACAGAUUCUGCCCAGAGAAGAGGCUGCUGCUGGAGCAGGGCUGGGCUCUGGCCUACUACUGCCACAUCAGAGGUGGAGGAGAGAAGGGUCUGUCCUGGCAAAGACAAGCUCGUGAGGAGAGGAAGCUGAAAGGAGUGGAGGAUCUUCACGUCUGUCUCCAACACCUCUUCUCCUCAGGAGUCUCCUCACCACUCACUGCCCUCAAAGCCUGCAGUGCUGGGGCCGUGCCAGUGGGAGCGCUGUGCAACAGAUGCUAUCCAUCAAUGCUGCUGACAGCCUACAGCAGCGAUGCCAGGGUUCCUUUGGCAGGUGUCCUGAAAUACACUGAGCAGCUAAGGAAAGUCAUCCACACUCACUUCACCACGGAUCCAAAGUCGGGAUGUGAACCAGCACCAAACAUCGCUCUGAAUAUCCAACCUGGAGCCAAUCACCUCGGACCAGACGACUUUGAGCUGAUGCUGGAGGAGGAGGCACUGAAUCUGGCAUUUCUAUACAAAGAGCUGGGCCUCGAGCUGCCGCGACGCAAGAGGAGGAAACCAUGAGGCUUUCGAGAGGCAGUCGGGAAUCAACAAGAACUUUUUGAGUGAAAGAAAAAGACAAAG